CGAGGCUCGAUCGCUGGCUGCGUUUACGGAUGUACGGUCGGGUUCUGCGCUGCACGCUCUGCUCGCGGUAGUCAUUCGACGUCGGCCAUCAGAACCUGGCGGCCCGAACCAGUGCUCCCGAAGCUUCGCCUCGCCAUCCUCGCCAUCCAACAUGACGGCAAACAUCCCGGAACUGUUCGCCGACGUCACGAUACAGCAGAAACCCGAUGUCCCUGGAAACCCAACAGAAGGAGCUGAUUCCCAGAACUGUUCGAUGCUGGCUAUUCCAGAGACGAUGGCUGACAACGGCAAAGCCCAGUCAUCGGACAGCACCAAGAUUUUCGACACGAAAGAGCACGAGGCAAGUGUAUCCAUAGUUGCAGAGCAUGAAUCCAACACCAUUGCUGAGGAUGCAGUCAUCGCCAACGAUGAGCCAGAGCGAAAGGGCCUCACAGAGUCAGAUGUGGUCGAUAUCGCGAGGCAGCUGGCAGAAACGCUGCAGGAAAAGGGCCAGCACGUGGAGGCUAAUGACGACGGGCCUCAGCUGACGCGUGUCCGCUCGCGGAGCAGCAGCACCUACGAGUCUACCGUCGAUGGAGCGGACGUGCAGCAAGAAGAGCGAAGAAUGAAGGAUGGCUGGAGCCAGGUUUCGUCCCCACCUCGUUGUAUGUCACGAGCUCUGCAGGCGGUGCAGAAAAUGUGCGAUGCCGAGGUCCAGACCCAAGGAUGGGACCCUGCCCUGUUCAAUGAGUUGAUGUCAACGGUGCAGAAGCACGACGCAGAGGUUGCGGAGCUCAAAGGGAAGCUGGAAAGUCUCCGGGAGAGCCAUGCCACCGAGGUUCGCGAGCUCCGAAACAAGAUCGGCAAGCUACUCCAGACGCCUCCAACAGAACCAACGCGGAGCGCGGCGGAAGAGAAGAACUGCGCCGCCGAGAAAGAGAAGCCCACCGGCACGAAUGGGCAAGACACCCUAGUGAGCUUGCGACCGCCGCAGCCGCAGCCAUCGACACAACUACGUCAGCGCGAUCCGCUGCCACUUCCCAGGCCCGAGCCGAAAGAACGAUCGCUUCCUGUUGAUCCAAGUCCCGGCCCACUACCUCCGCCUGACAGAGUGCACUGCAGGAGGCACGCAACGCCGCCGCCGGUGUCAGACUUCCCUAAACUUCCUGGCAGUAAGAGAGAGGUUGCAGCUCCAUGCUCACACGUAGAGUCCGUGCAUUCCAGUGAGGAAGAAUCGCCUAGGAAGAAGAAGAUGGAAAGGCAAAUUUUGAAGAUAGUGCGGAUGGUGCAGAAGAAGCGGCCUGAUUGCACUGAGGAGGAGAUUCGCAAGCUGGUGGACCAUAUGCGCCGGUCGCAAGGCGGUUUCUCCUGCACGACGUUUAAUGACAUCGUGGCCCUGUUGCUGCGUAACCUGAAAGCACUACCUCAAGAAUAGCCUUUAAAACAUCUGAAGACCCCGCGAAAAAAACUCUGCAAGCUACAAAUACCUGGGGGCACGUGAAGCUGGGUGCAUUCUUUUUCUUUCUCCUUUCUUCUUCAAAUUCAAUUUUUUUAUAUCACUGUUUAAAAGUAGUGUUUUCUUCAUUCUCGUGAUUUUUUUUUUUACCUUUUGCUUUGUUAUUCCUGUAAUAAAUGUUUGAAACCCGA